GAUAUCGAUGGUGUCGGGCAAAAGUACCACCUAGAAUUGGUGUUGGAAGACCUCCUUGACAAAGACAGUACUGUUAACUGCACUGCUGAAGUUCUUUAUCAUCUGGGCAACAACAUUCCUCCAGAUGUGCAAUUCACAAUUGAAGGAGAACUUAAGAAUGCAGAGGAAGCAGAUAACAUAUUCUACAAUCGAAUCAAGAGCCUGGAAAAAGAGCUUGUGGCAGAAAACAUACCAGACAGCCACGGCAACGUGUCCCCAGAAAUGGAGCCUGUCCACCUGCUAGCGUGGGUGGCCUCUGGCUACGUGAUAUGGCAGAACUCUACUGAAAACACCAAGUUCCAACUUGCCCAAAUUAAACAUGUGAAGCAAGUGAAAAGAAGUGAUGAAUAUCUUGAAUUUGACUACACGAUUCUACUUCACGAAAUGGUGUCCCAGGAGAUCAUUCCCUGGCAAAUGACAGUUCUCUGGCACCCACAGCACGGUGUUCAAGUAACACAGGACAGCCGUCAGCCAAAACACGCAUCGGAAUGA